CAUCAGUCGGACCUCUCUCUCCAUCUUUUUCGGCUAAUCUCGCUGAUAACUUGAUCUUCUUAUUCGAUUGAUUUGUUUGCUUGUUUCAAUUCAAAAUCUCUGAAGAGACCGAUCCAGUUAGAAGCUCGCCCAUGCUCAGAUCAGGUCUCGCUUCGUUAAUCGUCGAUGUCAAUUUGCGCCGCACAUUACGUCCAAACCCAACCUUUUGUUUUCCGGCGCAUCUUAGCCGUUCCUACUCACGCCGCUGCAUUAUCGCUUCCCGUACAGCUCUGAGGUUUCCGAUUCAUAGAUGUAGCCACCAUCGCCUUUUCUGCUUUUCUUCAUCCUCUUCGUCGGAGCAAGGCAGACCAACUUCCUCUUCCCGAAACAGUUUCAGUGCCAGUGGUCAAGGGCAGCUUGAUGAUGGUGACGACAAUUCUCCGCAGCAAUCAUCUUCUAAAGUUCUUACAUUGCCUACCGUAUUAACACUUGGUCGUGUCGCCGCCGUUCCGCUUCUCGUCGCAACGUUUUACUGUGAUAGUUGGUGGGGGACAACUGCUACAACAAGCAUUUUCAUUGCAGCAGCCAUUACAGACUGGCUUGACGGCUAUCUUGCCCGCAAGAUGAAGUUAGGUUCUGCGUUUGGUGCCUUUUUGGAUCCAGUUGCAGAUAAGCUUAUGGUCGCAGCUACAUUGAUCUUACUGUGUACAAAACCUAUCGACGUUGCUGUAUUAGGACCAGUUCCUUGGUUAUUGACGGUGCCUUCUAUUGCAAUCAUUGGUAGAGAGAUUACUAUGUCAGCAGUAAGAGAAUGGGCUGCAUCUCAAAAUGGAAAGCUUUUAGAGGCGGUUGCUGUAAAUAACUUGGGCAAGUGGAAAACCGCCACACAGAUGACAGCACUAACCAUACUUCUUGCAAGCCGGGAUAGCAAUAUUGGAUGGCUCGUCGCCUCGGGUGCUGGUUUGCUUUAUGUAUCGGCAGGACUAUCGGUUUGGUCUUUGGUCGUUUAUAUGAGGAAGAUAUGGAAAGUACUAAUGAAGUAGUCUACUGGUUUUGUUUUGCGUUGACCUGCAUUUGGAUGGAUACACAUGCAUUGAUGGAAAGGGUCUCUCAGUCAUGGCCUGUACAGGAGCAGUAAUCUCAUGAGAAAUGCUUGACAGCAUGUAGAAAGAAGUACUAGUAGAAUAUGUAGAUGACUUAGCUGUGCUCUUUCCCAACACAAUAUGAAAUGUGUAAUCUCGUCAAGGUUAAAGCCUAAUAAUGUGUGUAUUGUGCUUGGCAAAUUUGAUCUUUGUUUUAUAAGCUUUUUAGAGUUU